AUGGUCAACACGGGAAAGCCUUCGGGCGGCUGCAAGCUCUGUCGCGCCCGCAGAAUCAAGUGCGAUGAGGCCAAGCCUUUCUGCUUGAAAUGUCAGAAAUCCAAGCGGCAGUGUCCCGGCUACAGGGACCCCUUCGACGGCAAGAUCCGCGAUGAGACUCAGGCAACUAUCCGAAAAUUCAAGAGGACGCGCAUCGUCAUCGAGAAGGAACAGGUGCUGGAGGACCAGGCUUUGAUGGAGGCAACGAACGACGAUGAGGCCGAGGAUAUCAAGGCGAACCCCCCGGAAUGGAAAUGCGGCUUCUUCGAGGGCAGGAGAGGCAGCGACUCGGGCAAGUCAUCGACGUCCGUCACAUCAAGCAAUUCGUCGAGUUCUUCCUGGGAAACGAUACACGAGGACUACUUCGCUUCGCUUGUGACCCCCGUGGAGCAGCAGGCAACUUGCUUCUUGCUGUCUGACUAUGUUCUCGUCUCAGAGAUGCCCGGAGGGCGGAGGGGAUAUUACAAGUUCGCAUACAAGAUCCUGACCAAAGGUGAUCCCUCGAGAUGUCUCUUGUCGGCCUUCAAGGCUGUUUCGUUUGUGGCUCUGGCCUCCCGUCCGAAUUCUCGUCACCUAAUGAUCGAGGCUGAGUCCUACUACUCAAAAGCCCUGAGGGAGGUCAACAAGGCUAUCCAGGAUCCUGCACAGGUCAAGAGUGACGGGACACUGGGUGCCGUGUUGCUGCUGGCAUUUUACGAGGAGACCGACGAGGGUGCAGAGAUGUUCGCAAUGACACGCAACCAAUACCUCUCCAUCCGCAGCAUGUCGCCCACAGUAGAGCACGAUGACUACUCCUGGCUGCUGCGCCAACACUGUGGCGAGCCGUAUGUCAGCCGAGUUGCGACCCUCACCAUCGCGUGCAGCGAGAUCCGCAUGAAGACUGACCGACUUCUGUCCGGAGGAAAUCGAGACCCGAGGAAGAUCCAAGGCGUACUGGAGCUGCUGCGGACGGCACAGGCCAUGCAAAAGAAGUUGUUGAGUCUAGACCAGCCUCAAAAUGCUGUAUGGUCUGUAAGCACCGUAAUCCGAACCUCUCACAGGCCACGCGACGACGACGAGGACCCACCUGGAGAGGUGUACACUUUCCACAAUCUUUACACUGCCAUGAUCUACACAAUUAUCUGGUGUUCUCACAUUUUCCUCACGACCUGCAUAUUCCGCUGCAUGGCCUGGCUGGUAGCUCCCGACGACUGGAAAAACGGCGAGGACUACGAGGCUGCCGUGAAAGCCACCAAGCAGCGCAUUGCCGACAUCGUCGCCGCGACCCCUUAUUGCUGCUCUUGGAACGGAUAUGACGUGGAGUAUGCCGACUUUCCUGUCGGCAUGCCCAGCGCGGCCGCCCCUGCGAAGGGCGUCGCAGGCCUGGUCAUCUACAGGGCUGCCUUUACCGCUUUGGUCUCAGACUAUGCUACUCCGGAGCAGAAGAGAUACCUGCAUGGCCGGAUGAGAUUUCUGGCUGACGUUGUUGGGAUCAAGCAGGCGAAUGUCUUGCUCAAGACAAAAGACGAAUCCGCGACUCCCUCGCGCGAUAUUGAGCGAGACAGAAUGCGGAGAUAG